GCUUAUUUAAGUUGUUUUUGUCUCGUAAACAACUUUAUAAGCUGUAGCAGACAUGUGAAAGGUUGAUAUUCAACCUGUAUAAUACACAUGGCCCGGUUAAGGCUACAAACGAGCUGAGCCAAGCUUUGAAGUGUUCGAGCUCGGCUCGUUCAAAACUAUCCAAGCUCGAGCCAGGUUGAGCUCAAAUAAUAGAAAAUCGAGCUCAAGCUGUUUUACAAAAUGUGAAAGGUUGAUAUUCAACCCAAAUAAAACACAUUGGUGGUCGUGUGGUCGAUUUCGGCCUGAUUGUCGGGCUAAACAGCAUUGUCACCUUAUUUCUCCUUGCUAUAGUGAUUUAGUGAAUUUAUGCUGUGUUACUAUCUUGAUCACGUAAUCUUCCAAUAAGACUUUCCAUCCCUGUUCACAGUACUCAUUAUAUGUUAUUUUCAUUAUCGAUCUUGCGAGUUUUAAUAGUUUGAAAUAUUUCGAAAGACACUAUCAAAACUUUAAAAGUUUUACUUAGAUCAAAAAAUAAAAUGCAAUUAUCAAAAAAUAAAGUGUGGAAAUUACCACCCAAUAAUUAUGUUUUAGUGUAAUUUCAGCCGUAAAAUUGUUUAACGGGAAAUAGAGGAAUUUCGGGAAACCCUAAGGUUUUUUAUGCUUCCGCUCUAUUUUCUCGCUCUCUCUCUCUCUCUCUCUCUCUCUCUCUCUCUCCUUUUAACGGCAGAUGUCGCUGUAUAGGAUUACUUCAGGUUUUCAGAGGACCGUCCGAAACUCAUUGCUAGUUUAUGCUCGCCGUCCCAUCGUAAUCGAUUCCAAUGAAUUCCACUCUCUUCGUCACUAUGAAAACAAGGUGGUUACCAGUGUCGUGUCAUUAUCACAUAACUCACCCCUCAACGCAUCUGUUUUUCGACGACUUGGAUUCUGGUCAUCUGCGUCUCCUGAAACUACUGAAACAGACGCUGCCCGGUCUAAAAACAAUGGUACUCACACUAAAACAAGUGAAGAUACCACCCAUCCUGAUAAAAAAGAAGCUUCCAGUUCUGAAUAUAUAGAAGUAACUAAUCAGAAAGUUGAAUCAGAUUCUAGUUCGGAAUCCCAACCUGCCAAAAGGAGGAGGAGACAUAUUAAACGAAUUGCAUUUUCUGAUUCAGAUUCGGAAAGCGAUUUAUCCAUGGAGGAUCUGUUGAAAGUUUUGGCAGAAAAGGAAGAACUGCUGAAAGGGAAGGACAAAGCAAUUGAGAUGAUGCAAGAAAAAGUUCUCCUGGCUGAUGCUGAAAUGGCGAAUGUCAUGUUAAGGACAAGACGUGAAGCAGCAAACUCGCAAAAAUUUGCUAUACAGAGUUUUGCAAAGAGUUUACUGGAUGUUGCAGAUAAUCUGGCUAGAGCUGCUUCUGUUGUUGAAAACAGUUUCUCAAAGAUUGAUGCGUCUAAAGACACUGCUGGAGCAGUGCCCCUUCUCAAAACACUUCUUGAAGGUGUUGACAUGACGGAAAAGCAACUUCUAGAGGUAUUCAAAAAGUCCGGAGUGGAAAAAUAUGACCCGACAAAUGAGCAAUUUGAUCCUAAUAGGCAUAAUGCAGCAUUCCAAGUUCCAGAUGCUUCUAAGCCCCCAGGCAUUAUAGCUAUCGUUCUGAAGCCAGGAUUCGUGCUGCACGAUCGAGUUCUUCGGCCAGCUGAAGUAGGCGUAACAGUAGACAUGGCUAAUCAGUAAUGAGACAAACCAAGGCUCUGAAUCUUGAAGGAAAGAUUUUUCACAAUAUCUAGGAGGCCAUAUGAAACCUGCUUAUGACCAGAAGAAAGCAUGAUUCCCCUAUUAGAUAAUCUUUGGCUGAUAUGCCUAGUCUUAGUACAAAGAUUUGGACAAACGAAAAUUGACCCAGUUUUAUAUCUCUCAAUUCAAUUUGAAUUUGGGUUAUGAUAGGGGAGAUUAUUCAGUCGUUCAGCUCCAUCUUUGUUGCUCUUGUGGGUAUUAAUUUCCGGAAACCGACUCGGUCAGGAUGCAGAGGGAGGCGAAUUCUCACUUAUGCAUGGUUUUUUUCCUGUAAUUAAUAGAACAAUGUGGUAUUUUUCGCUUUGCCCAAUGGUUUGUUUACUGGAAUAGAGCUCUGUGUCCUGGUUUUUGUGCUAAUGGUUUAUUGAGACCCGUUUUCAUCGUUCA